CCUGAGAGGGGUUGAGCUGACACUGUCCCAGCUGCCACCUCGACUCAGAGCUCCAUCCCGAGCUCCAGGGAAGAUACUCCAGCUAUGGCCAUGCAGAAAAUCUUUGCGCGAGAAAUCCUGGACUCCAGGGGCAACCCCACAGUGGAGGUGGACCUGCACACAGCCAAGGGCCGAUUCCGAGCAGCUGUGCCUAGUGGAGCUUCCACGGGUAUUUAUGAAGCUCUUGAGCUAAGAGAUGGAGACAAAUCCCGGUACCUGGGGAAAGGAGUGUUGAAGGCGGUGGAGCACAUCAACAAGACUCUAGGGCCUGCUCUGCUGGAAAAGAAACUAAGCGUCGUGGAUCAAGAAAAAGUCGAUAAAUUUAUGAUUGAGUUGGACGGGACAGAGAAUAAGUCCAAGUUUGGGGCCAAUGCCAUCCUGGGCGUGUCCUUGGCAGUGUGUAAGGCAGGAGCAGCUGAGAAGGGAGUCCCACUCUACCGACACAUUGCAGAUCUUGCUGGGAACCCUGACCUUAUACUCCCAGUGCCUGCCUUCAAUGUGAUCAAUGGGGGCUCCCAUGCUGGAAACAAGCUGGCCAUGCAGGAGUUCAUGAUUCUGCCUGUGGGAGCUAGCUCUUUUAAGGAAGCCAUGCGGAUUGGUGCUGAGGUCUACCACCACCUUAAGGGGGUCAUCAAGGCCAAGUAUGGGAAGGAUGCCACCAACGUUGGGGACGAGGGUGGCUUCGCACCCAACAUCCUGGAGAACAAUGAGGCCCUGGAGCUGCUGAAGACGGCUAUCCAGGCAGCUGGUUACCCAGACAAGGUGGUGAUCGGCAUGGAUGUGGCAGCAUCUGAGUUCUUUCGCAGUGGGAAGUAUGAUCUUGACUUCAAGUCACCUGAUGAUCCUUCCAGGCACAUCACAGGGGAGAAGCUUGGGGAACUGUAUAAGAACUUCAUUAAGAACUAUCCUGUGGUCUCCAUUGAGGACCCCUUCGACCAGGAUGACUGGGCCACGUGGACCUCAUUCCUCUCGGGGGUGGACAUCCAGAUCGUAGGGGAUGACCUCACAGUUACCAACCCCAAGAGAAUUGCACAAGCUGUUGAGAAGAAGGCCUGCAACUGUCUACUGUUGAAGGUUAACCAGAUUGGCUCAGUGACUGAGUCCAUACAGGCCUGUAAACUGGCUCAGUCUAAUGGCUGGGGGGUGAUGGUGAGCCACCGCUCUGGGGAGACUGAGGACACGUUCAUUGCUGACCUUGUGGUGGGGCUCUGCACAGGACAGAUCAAGACUGGUGCCCCAUGCCGCUCAGAGCGCCUGGCCAAAUACAACCAACUCAUGAGGAUCGAGGAGGCUCUUGGGGACAAGGCCAUCUUUGCUGGACGAAAGUUCCGUAACCCAAAGGCCAAGUGAGAAGCUGGAGGCUCCAGGACCUGACAAGAUAGACCCAGGCCUACAAAUCCUUCUCUGAGAAAUAAAACUGGUGCCACAUAAGA